AUGAUCCCACUAACCUGCCAUCCUCAUCUGCGCUCACAGUUCACCAUUAAGAGGAGGCCUUUGCUGCACGUCAUCAACUUCCUGCUGCCCGUCCUGUUCUUCCUGGCUCUCGAUCUGGCCUCCUUUUUUAUUGCCGACUAUCGAGGGGAGAAGCUGGGCUUCAAAGUGACCGUGCUUUUGGCCAUAUCUGUUCUUCUCCUCAUCCUGAAUGAAAUCCUGCCGUCGAUGUCCAACAAGACUCCCCUCAUAGCGACCUACUGCAUCGUGAUCUUUGCUCUGAUGCUGGUCAGUCUGUUGGAGACCAUCUUGGUCACCUACCUGAUGGACAAAGACUCCCAGGAGAAACUCAAUCAUGAGUGUAGCUGGGGGGACAAAAACGAUGAAGUUAACACUAAAAGCUGUCAAGAAGAGAAUAAAGGACAGACCUUUUGUUCUAGAAUCUGCACUGUGUCUGAUGGGGAGAAGCAGCACGAGCUCCUGCCAGUGGUCGAGGAGGUGAACAACGGUAUUCACUCUCCAGAGUCUAAUACCCUGCUGUCCAUCUUGGAGGAGUUGAAGAAGUUGCAAACAGCUCUCUUUCUACACCUUAACUGCAGAAAGAAGCAAGGGAAUUCCUCGUGCUGGGCCAGGAGGAUCAACAGAGCUUUCUUCAUCUUCUACCUAAUCACUGUGUUGCUUUUUUUGUCCUUCAUCUUCAUGGAGUGGAACUCCUAGAAGCUUGAAACUGCUUUUAUUGUGUAGAUUUUGUGUUGUAACAUUUACGACUUUCUGAGUAAGCUCAAAUUGUGUCAAACUGUGACCAAGAUUUGUGUCAUGCUGUGAUUCGAGCUCAUGGAUACAAGUUUAUUGAAAAAAAAAGAAGAAGCCCCUCCUUGUUUGUUCUAUGUGAACACCAUGGGCUGAUGAAACCAUGUGUAGCAGGACGAGGGGUGGCCGAGGUGCAGCGAUAGGGCGAUCGACUCCUGAUUGGAAGCUUAUGGGUUCCCUUGCCCACCCAUGUGUCGAAGUGUCCUUAGGCAAGAUACUGUAACCCCAAAUUGCCUCUGAACUCUGGCACCAGUGUGUGAACAAGUCUGUGACUGUAAAGCGCUUUGGGCCUUCAAGGAAGGCAGAAAAGGGCCAUAAGUAUAAGCCAUUUAGUGUAUUUUUGAACAUGCAAUUCAUGCUAGUGUGAACGUAGCAUCAGAAAGUAAUUAUGACAACUCCCAACAAGUACUGUGUUUAAAAUCUUUUUUUUAAGUUUAUGUUU